CGCCCGCUUUCUACCACCUUCGUGUUUCCGUGCUAAGUCGACAGAAGAAUCAUCGAAGAUGUGCCGCCUUUCUCUUAUACUCUUGGUUGUCAUUGUCGCCGCUGUGGUGGUCAGCGCCGAUAGGAGACUGCCCAAGUUCAAUUUCCGACCGCGGCCCAGCCGUUUCCGCUACGACGUAAAAGCUGAUGCUGGCGGUCGCAAUCUGCGCAAUUUCGAAGGCGGUGCUGAAGUGCGGGGCGAAUACGACGUCUACCGGGCUCAAAACGGUGCCAAGGUGGUCCUGGGUGGCGGCGUCUCCCAGGAUGUGCUGCGCCAACAAGGACGGACAUUCAAGGGCAAGCCGGAUGCCAACGUCGGUCUUGGAGUUGAAAUACCCAUCGGAAAAUGAAACACAUAAUCAGUUCCUGUAUUUAUGUAAA